ACUCCCCCCCUCGUCGUCGUCGUCCUCGUCGCUUCUCGCCGCGGCCACCGCCGGCCCGGCCGGGGCGGCCGGGGCGGCGACCAGAUCGGGCGAUAAAAAUAUUCGUCCUCCCCCCCCGCCCCCGCGCGAUCCUCUCUUUUCUUUUUCUCCUCGCACAUGGCCCGUGGCCGCGAUUCCUCGCACCCGUUUGCGCCCCCUCCGGAGUUUUAUACUAUUUCCCCUCACAUGGCCGCGUCGCCCCUCCUCCUCCUCGCUCUGCUCGCUCGCUGCCAUUAGAUCCUCCUCCUCCUCUGCUCCUCCAUCUCCUUGCUCCGCGUCGCGUUGUUGGCGUUGCAUUGACUCCCCCCCGUCCACACUCCUCUCAAUCUCGCCCUAUCUCUCUCAGCUCAAGUCCCUGUGGGCUGUGUCCGUGCCGGAUCACCGCGACGCGCGUUCGGAGGGACCGAUCGAAGGCGUUUCAGGUUGGUCUACGUAGGAGUUAAACUACAACCUGUACCAUUCUCAGAGCAGUGGGAACAUUGAAAUUUGAAGUAAAAAUUGGUGUGUGUGAGCUACAGUCGGCAACAACACCUGUUUGGUGCAUAAUCUCUUACGUUUGAGUGAGAUUUCGAUGUGACCAGGUAACAACGGUGCUCGUUAUUGAAAAAAAAUGGGGGACGAAUACCUAUCUGAGCCUGAGGAUGAAGUCGCACCAUCAAUGUGGCCUGAGAACAUAGGGGAUAAACACCAGAAGCAGUUCAGAAUGGAAAACCUUGGGAAGGACCACGAUGCACUCAAGGAUGUUAAAUUUAGUCAGCGGCCUGUUCGUGGGGAUGUCCACCGGCUUACGGAAAUGGCAAAUUCUGAGAAAGGCACUUCUCAAAUGCAGUACUUUAUGAAGCAUUGGGAAUAUAAGCGGGCCAAUAAUGCUCGUCUUCUGAAUGAAGAGCUUGGUCGUCUCUCCCAACAAAGAAAAGAGAUUGAACAAAAGAAGCAACAAAUCUUGGAAGAGCAGCGGUUUCAGGAUGAGAAUUAUUAUGCUGCAAAGCGGCAAGUACCAAUACUGGAUGAAGUUUACAAAGAUGAAUGGAAGCGACCGAGCAAAAAGAGUGAUGAACUUUCUUGUAAUCAAGAGCUUAAAAUAGAUGCAGAAUACGACACUAUUUUGUACUGGAAAGAGCGAGCGAUACAGUUAGGAAAAGCGCUCGACGCAAGCCUGCAAAGGGAGCGUUCGUUGGAGGAAAAGUUGGAGGAAGAUAUAAAGAAUCUUCAGUCACAUACACCGGUGGAGGAAUUCUCUGGAAUGUUAGAACGAGCUGAUUACUUCUUGCACUUGGUUCUCCAAAGUGCCCCCAUUGUAAUUGCUCAUCAGGAUGCUGACUUGCGGUACCGUUUCAUUUUUAAUCACUUCCCCACACUUGCUGAUGAGGAUGUCAUUGGUAAAACCGACCACGAGAUAUUGUCAGGCGAGGGUAUAGAUGAGAUGAAUAAUGUCAAGAGAGAGGUUAUGGCCAAGGGUGUAGCGACUAAGAGAGAGUUUGUGUUUAAUACUCCAUUAUUUGGAGAGAAGACCUUUGUGACAUACAUUGAACCAGUUUUCAGCAAAUCUGCGGAGACAAUUGGUGUGAAUUAUGUUGCAAUGGACAUAACAGACCAGGUCAAAACAAGAGAGAAAAUGGCGGACAUAAGGGUGAGAGAAGCUAUCCAAAAAGCCAAGGAAACAGAACUUAGCAGAUCUCUUCACAUAACUGAGGAAACAAUGCGAGCAAAGCAAAUGCUAGCUACCAUGUCCCAUGAGAUCAGGUCUCCCCUUUCAGGAGUUCUUAGCAUGGCUGAAAUUCUCGCAACUACAAAACUGGAUAAAGAGCAAUAUCAGUUGCUAGAAGUUAUGUUAUCUUCUGGAGAUCUUGUAUUGCAAUUGAUCAAUGACAUCCUUGAUCUUUCCAAAGUGGAGUCAGGAGCUAUGAAACUAGAGGCUACGACAUUUAGACCAAGGGAAGUAGUUAAACAUGUCCUCCAAACUGCUGCAGCAUCUCUGAAGAAGGAAUUGACCCUUGAAGGGUGCAUAGGAGAUGAUGUUCCAUUAGAGGUCAUCGGUGAUGUGUUAAGGAUUAGGCAAAUUCUGACCAACUUGAUCAGCAAUGCAGUGAAAUUUACACAUGAAGGGAAGGUCGGAAUAAAUCUUCGUCUUGUAGAUAAGCCGCAAGUGGGAUGUGAAAUAGAAGCCGGAGAACUUCGUAUGAGAGCCCAUCCUGCAAGCCCAAUAACUACCGACGCAGAAAAUUCUAUUGCCUCUCCAAGACACUCUGAUAAAGAUACUUUGCGUUGCUCCAAUCGUGAAGAUGCUUGUCAGAAUGGCAUUGCAUCAAAUGAAAAUUUCAGGGAGUAUCACGAGGGAGAAGUUGUUUGGCUUCGCUGUGAUGUAUAUGACACUGGGAUCGGAAUACCAGAGAAAUCCUUGCCAUUUCUGUUCAAGAGGUAUAUGCAAGCCAGUACAGAUCAUGCAAGAAAAUAUGGUGGCACAGGGCUUGGCCUAGCGAUUUGCAAGCAGCUGGUGGAGUUGAUGGGUGGUACUCUAACUGUUGUCAGCAAUGAGAAUGAAGGAUCAACAUUUACAUUCGUGAUGCCUUGCAAAAUUCCUGUAAAAGAGGAGCACAGUGAUGGUCCUGAUGACAUGCCCAAUUCUCGUAAUGAUUUCACUACCACUGAUAUAGAAGGUUUUUUCGUUUUCAAGCCAAAAGUGCGACAUUCUCUUCUGUUUUCUGGAGUUCCAAUGAUGAACAACAAGAUGUUUGGCAGCAAGCUUAUGUGCUAUGAUCCUGCUAACAUAUUAGAGGAUCCUAAGAUGUUGACCAAUGGUUUUGGACCAAUGAAAGAGAACUCAGGGAAGCGUAGCCCUGCUGCUAGUCAGUCCAAUGGUCCAAGUGUUGGGAGCAUAGAUGAAGAGCAAUUGGAUGGUUCGAUGGCCCUUGAAGUGAAUAGUCAAGCUGAACGAGUUUCCAGUUCCCGAGCCGAUGCAGUAUCAGUUUCAGGAGCUGGCAUCCAUGAGGGUAGGAAAGCUUGCAAAGCUCUUGAAGAGAAAACACUUAACAAGAAAUCCAAGUGUUCUCCAAGUAGCAGUAAGGCAAAGAUCCUCCUCGUCGAAGAUAACAAAGUCAAUAUAAUAGUGGCAAAAUCAAUGCUAGAGCCUCUGGGUCACGGAAUAGACAUAGUAAAUAAUGGAGUGGAAGCAAUCCGUGCAGUACAGCAGCGUCAAUAUGAUCUUAUCUUGAUGGAUGUUCACAUGCCAGUAAUGGAUGGCCUACAAGCCACUAGAUUAAUCCGUUCUUUUGAAAAUACUGGGUGUUGGGACGCUUCUGUAAAGCCUUUAGACAGCCAGAUGAUAGCUAACACAGCUAUUUCAUCUGAUUGUGCACAAGAAAGGAAAGAGAAGAGAGUUCCUAUAAUUGCGAUGACAGCAAAUUCAUUCGCAGAGAGCGCUGAUGAGUGCCUUGCCGCAGGCAUGGAUUCCUACAUAUCUAAGCCAAUGAACUUCCAAAAAACAAAAGAGUGCCUGCAGCGAUAUUUGUUAUCUCAGUAACUAACCAAUUGUUGUAAAGUAGAAAGGUAACUUUUAGCUUAGGAAAGUUUUGUGUAAUCAUAUUGGUCUUUCUUGUAAAUGUUAUUCACUCGGUGCAUCAAAAAUGCAAUAGAUAUAGUGUAUCCUGUCUUCUCAACCACUUACCUUGCUGAUGGGAGACACAGCUCUUCUUUAGAGAACGGGCCUACCUAGCUCCAUCAGUAAGAUCACAUAGCUUACUCAAUACUUAAGAGUCCUUAUUUUCUGUAUGAGACAUGAGCUUAUAUGGGGCCAUUUGUAUAUAAUUCUAAUGGAGGUUCCUUUAAAAGUUAACCAUCUA